GACCGAACUCUCAUUUCACAUUUUUUGCAUUUCCUCAGAAUAUCUAAACUAAACUCAACACGUCACUUCAAACAAAUCAUCAUGCUCAGAGCCUCCACCACCUCCACCUCCACCUUACCCUCUUCCCCUCUCCCCCUCCUCAUCUCCUCCUCUUUUUCUCUCUCCAAACCCUCACUUUCUCUCUCUACAAGCUCUGCCAAACCCCUUUCUUUCCCUCAAAGCACUAGGCCCAUAUAUUUCUACACACCCCCAAAGAUGUCCUGGCUGGGCAAGCUAGGCUUCGGUACGCGGUCCCCCACCGAACCCUCCAUGGACUCUUCUUCUUCCUCCAUAGCCCAAGGUCCAGACAAUGAUAUCCCAGCACCGGGUCAACAGUUCGCCCAAUUCGGAGCUGGGUGUUUCUGGGGCGUGGAAUUGGUCUUCCAGAGAGUCCCUGGUGUGACCAAGACCGAGGUUGGGUACACUCAGGGCUUUAUUCAUAAACCCACUUAUGAGGAUGUAUGUUCGGGGACUACGAACCACUCUGAGGUUGUUAGGGUUCAGUAUGAUCCGAAGGAGUGUAGUUUUGAGUCUUUGCUUGAUGCUUUCUGGGCUAGACAUGACCCUACAACCCUUAAUCGCCAGGGAAAUGAUGUGGGAACGCAAUACAGAUCUGGAAUAUACUUCUAUACACCUGAGCAGGAGAAGGCAGCAAUAGAGUCCAGGGACAGACACCAGAAGCAAAUGAACAGGAAGAUUGUUACUGAGAUUUUACCUGCCAAGAAAUUUUACAGAGCAGAAGAGUAUCACCAGCAAUACCUCUCAAAGGGGGGUCGAUUUGGGUUUAAGCAAUCUGCUGAGAAAGGCUGCAAUGAUCCAAUUCGUUGCUACGGCUAGGCACCCUCUAUCUCGUUUUUUUUUUCCUGGGUCAUAAUUGCUGUUUUAGAUAUGCUUGUUAAUAUGUUUGCGAUUCUGCCCACUUCCUAUGACAGUUAUAUCUUAUCUCAUACCUUAUAUAUUCUACUGUCAUGAGAACAGAUGAUGCAUGUAGCUUCUAAGUACAGAUAUUUGACUGCUGUUGUAUUUGGAUCAACUUUAAUUGGAGCAGUUGCCUUUUGUUAUAUC